AGCAAACCUCUUAUUUAUACUCUGAUAUUGCAUCUCUUGUUGUCUGCAGUCUGCAUGAGCCUGGAAUACGGUGGUGCCCAUACCGACAACAAUGGACGGAAAAGACUCUGUACCAAGCCAGGGUAUCCCAGCUGUUGUUCAUGCCCUGGGGGCAUUUGCUCUAGCGGCUGCCAUGGCUGUAGCCAUCAAAUGGUUUAUUCUACGUGACAGCAAGGUGACAAAAACUGUGGAUGAUGAGCCAGACCUACAGAGGAAUCAAAACUCCCUAAAGAAUGAUCCUAAAGUGCCUGAUGAAGUACCAGGAGAGACUACACAUGUACCACAGGUCAGUGAUGGGGUUGAAAUAGACUUGACACAUUUACCAUAUCACUGUCAGCUACCUGGAAUCUCAAGAUGUGCUCUAAAUACAUCCUGUGUUUCUCAAGUUAAUGAUGACGUCCAGGAAGAUAGGAAAGAGCUGUCAUUAAACAUUUAUGGUGACUUUUCUCCAGACAAGAGAGAAUCAGGAAUGCUAACUCCAGUUUCCUGCACACUAAGUACUAUUGCUGAGCCUCAAUGUUCUUUGCUGAAAUUAGGAGAAGCAGCUGAGAAUAUGCCAGCCUUGACACCAGACUUUAUGGACCUAACAACAAGUGAUGCACAGACACAUGUGUCCACUAGCUGCUGCACACACAGGUGUGAUGUUCCAUAUUUUGAAAGUUCAGAGAGAGUUCAGGUGAUGGAGAGCAGCUUUGAAACAAGUUCAGGCAAUGGUGAGUGCAUUGAGGAUAUGAAUGUGGAGUCUCUAGGGUGUCAACAAGAGCUAAUUGGUCAUGGCAACAAAGUCUCUGAGAUGUUUUUAAAGCACAGACCUGUAAGCUUGAGUUUGUCUGGAGAUACAUUUAAUAUGGACACUUAUAAAAAAGUUGGAAUUUUAAAUUGUGAUGCAAAGACAAAUAUGGUGAACUAUUCAAAAUACUUGGUGGAGAAUAAAUAUGAUGUAUGGAGCUCAACUAUGGGUCAAAAUGUACAAGACAAUAUUAUAAGAUCUAACUAUGAAAGAGAAGGACAUAAAAUCAUAUGUACUCCGCGUCUCUCCAAAUUAGAGGAGAAUAUAAUUACCAAUACAUGCAUGCCUAUUCAUAGUCAAUUUUCUGACAAACAUCCAAAACUCAUGAUAAAAAGUAGCUUUGAUAAUGCACAUGGACCUGCAGAUGUAAAACAGACAACCCCAACCUUGUCCACAGCAAAUGAAGAUGUCAUAUUAACAAAGGAAAGGUGUAAAGAGUUCUCUCAACAUGAAACAUUCCACCAUAAACUGGAUGCUAAUAUUGCAUGUUCAAGCCAAUCAGACAUUAGGAAGGAAAUACUUUUUACAGAUGGAAAAUUCAAAGAAGUACAGGAACAAUUGAAAGCUUCUAAUAAAAGCUCUAUUCUAGGUUCUAUGCAUGCGGUAGAACAGCACAUGACUGAUAAAGAAAAUAUUGACACUGCAAACAUAAUGUUCUUUCUAUCAACGAAGGUUUCUCUUAAUAGUCAUAAUGGAAAGAACAAAGAAGAGACUUCUCCAGUAGAUGGUCAGAUUGAAAGCCAUUCUCAAAACCAAAGCAAACGGUUUCACUCAUCUAAGUGUGUUGCAUUAAAAAGUAUGGUUAGAAGCAACACAAACAACACAUUUUGUCAUCAUGACAACAGCAAUGUACUCAAAUGGAGUACUACCACAGUAUAUAAUUCUACAGAAUACAUUGACCUGAUGUACCCAUGGGAUUUCCAUGCAUCUGGAAACUCAGUUAAUAAUUUUAGAGAGAAAAAGCAAUGUCAGGACUACACAGAAGACAGCGCUUUGCUUUCAAAGAAUAAAAAGAUGUCUGAAGAUUUCUUUGAAGAUCUUAGUUUAGAAAGAACAUUUAAAGGACUUGAUGCUGAUGUGGAAAGUUCUGUGGUAAGUCCUACUUCAUGCAAUACCACAUAUGAUGAGCCUAAAUAUAUCACCAGAACAACUAAUAAUUCUCUACGAGAUCCUUCCACUCUUGAUACAUUCAAUUCAAAAACGAUCACAAAGACUGAUUUCGUUUCAAGCAUUACAUCAAUGAAUAAUACAGAGAAUAAAAAGUUACUCCAUAAUUUGCAUAAACAUGAAGAGGAAUACCAGAAUACCAGUACACAGGAAUGUUAUUCAAUCAUCCCUAAUGGAUGUUUCAGCAACAGUCACAAAUGUCCAGAUGCUAACAUUGUUUGUAAUACUUCAAAUAUGUAUAAACUAGGAGACAACUUUGGUAAAGACCAACGGGCAAGCAUUACUAAAACCUUGUCAGCUUUCUUUCAGAACACUACAUUGCCUAUUAAAGAAUUCCCCAGUUGGGGGCAUCCAUAUUUCUGCAAUGACAAUAAUACUCCUCCACCAGUUAUGAAGGAAACACAUAUAAUGGAACAAAAGCUAUGUACUGAAAUAUUAAAUGGGGAAUCUAAUAUCGUCACAGGAAGCCUUAGUGUAGCUGGUGUACAAAAAACAUUUGACAUGGUUGAUUCCUUGUUGCUACCUACUGAAAAUGCAGAGCAGAGUAAUAGCCUUGAUGAGACGUUUUUAAGUUCCAAUAUUACAUGUUUUGAGAAAGACCAGCGAAAUGACUUUAAAAGUUGUAACUCCAUUCCUAGUCAUAAACAGGAAAAAUAUAAGUCAUUACCAUUUGAUAAUAUGAAACCAGUGUGUGCAGUGAAGGCAGAUGACUUUUCCAUUUCCCCCAAAAAAAUGAUGUCCAAAAUUGCUGAAAACCCAGAGCUAAUGUUACCAAAUUACCAAUCCGUUGCUAAAAUGAAACUGGCCCUAAUGACUAAGAGCUGCGAUAACAUUAAUUUUGGACCAUCACGUCAGGGACCCACACUGAAAAACAAAGCACAAAGCAUGUUAUGUUUGCUGACGGAAUAUUACUCAUCACAACUUCAUUCUUUAGAGAAUGGACCAGUUGAAGAAGUAGCAAGAGGAACUUUUAUAUGCAUUCCAACAGGUCUGCAGUAUAUAGAUGAAUCAAAGAGGUUUCAGCUAACACUGGGAAACUGCCUACAAUUGUUAAAGUUAGCAAGAAAGAACUCUGUCCCAGAACUUCUUAAAUCGGUUUACACAGUAAUAAGUGACAAUUACCUAAAUGUGCUAAAGAACUCUGCUAUUUAUGGUCAUUUAAGUGGCUUAGAGAGAGAGAGGAUCCUUCAAUUAAGAAUGAGGGGUCAUUUGUCUCUUUGUAUAGUUGAAACGAAGAGUAUAUUUGACUUGAAUACAAAUAUCAAAUGUUCAGUGGCGACAGAUCAAGCUCAAUGCAAAGCUCAGCUUUACUCAUUAGAUCUGGAAACAAAUCAAUGGAAGAGAGUAACCAGUAUCCCAGAGGAAGCCUGUCUUAAGGGCUGUAGCAUAUGUUCCAUGUACAACUACCUGUUCAUUGCAGGAGGCAUCCAGAAGACCAAAGGAAGCUCAGUAUGUUCCAACAAAUUAUUUUGUUAUAAUCCUCUAACUGAUAUCUGGACCCAGCUCGCACCAAUGAUACAAGCAAGGUCCCAACUGAAGCUCAUCCCACUUGAUGGCUACCUAUAUGCCAUUGGUGGAGAGUGCUUGCAUACAAUGGAGAAAUAUGAUCCAAGGUCAAACAAAUGGACCUUUGCAGCUCCCCUUCCAAAAGGCUCAUUUGCUGUAGCACAUGAAGCUGCAGCCUGCGGAGGAGAAAUUUAUAUCUCAGGAGGACAUUUAUUUUAUCGGCUACUAAAGUAUAAACCCAGUCGUGACCAGUGGGAAGAAUGUCCAUUUAAUGCCAGCAAGGGCCGUUCUUGUGACAUGGUAGCGGUUGGCAAUAUCCUUUAUAGAUUUGACAUAUACAAGAACUCGACCGUAAAUAUUUUCAAGUACAAUACUACUACCAAGGUUUGGAGUGAAUAUACAACAACUUUUCCAGGAAGCAAGGUUCCCUUCAGAUGUGCUGUGCUGGAUGAUGCCAUCUACUGUGUAAAUAGGGAAACAACUGCACGCUUUUCAGUGGAAAAUGGAAAAGCAGUGUUUGAGUCGGCCACUUUUAGUGGAGUCCCCACCCAUGGAGUAGGCUACCCUUGUCCUGUUGUGUUAACUCUGCGUGGGUCAAUAUCACAAACAUCUGUUUAAAUUGUUUAAGAGCUUGUUGAAUAUAUAAUUAUUUGCAUUGUAAAAUCUAUUCUAUACAAACUAUCUAAUUAUUUCAAAAGGAUUUAAAAAAGAGCAACAAAGACUAUACAGUUAAACAGGUAUGCGGUUAGCACACCGCUCAUCGGGAUCCCGGCUGUCUUAAUACCGCCGCCGGGAUCCCGACAGGGGCAUCAUACCGCCGCCAGAAUACCGGCGAGGUAGGUAAAUCCCCUUCUAUGAGUGUCCACGACACCCACAGAGGGAGAAUAGAACCUGUGGCAAGCUCUGCUUGCCACCGAGCCCACAAGGGGCUUCAUUGGGCUCGCCUCCCUGCCGGCAUUCUGCUGCACGGGAUGCCGGUGUCGGUAUACUGACAUUCGGCAUCCCGUGCGGCGGGAUCACAUACCGAUCCUGUAAAACAUUAUGGGCAAUAUGUAGUAGCCUGGGAUGUGCGGACUGUUUGGGAAUUUCUCAGAGACUGCCCACAUAUUUAAAGCACCAAUCACUCACAAGGCAAAACUAGGUCGAUUUUGCCUUGUAAAUUAUUGCUGCUUUAAAAAUACGGGCAGGCUCGCAGAAAUUCUGCACAUUGCCCUAAAUUCCUGGAGAACAUUAGGUUUACCAGCUAUACUAUAGUGGGAAGUACUAUCCAUAUUAUGCUAGAAGAGGCCAUUACUGUGACACGGUAGCAGUCGGCAGUAUCCUUUACAGAUAUGACAUGUACUACAGGACAACACUAUCAAUAUUUUCAAACACAAUACAGUAACUCCUGACUGUAUAAACUGCUGAAGAGCUAAUAUUACCUUGUGUGUCAUUAUGUGUCACCACAUGUUUAAAAGGAGAAAAAAGAUUUAAAUAAGUGGAAACAGGUCGUUAAGAUAAUGUGUUAACAAUAUUUUAAUCAGAUAUUAAUUUAUUUUAGUUUUGAAACAGAAUGGUGUGUUAGGAAAAACAGUAAUAAUAUGUCUUCUGUGCUAGCAGGUGUGCUGACAACGAUGUCACAUUGUUAAAAAAAAAAAUGUAAAAACUGCCUGAAUGUAUUUUGAUAAAAUGUGAAGUAGCAAAGGUGGUUUCCCUGCUCAUCAAAUAAAAAAUGCAAGAAAGGUCUAAAUAACAUAUGCAGCAAUAGUUGAAACCAUGGGGGUAAUUCCAAGUUGAUCGCAG